AUGAAAUUCAGGCCCCUUCUAUAUGUGUUUACUAUCACGAGCUGGACUGGACUGGUUGCCGCCCGACCUGCUGAACUUGAUCACGUUGCUCGAGAAGCGGAUGCCAAAGUCACAUUUGGAUCAAAGGGCUCCACUACUCUCACCUCCGAUGGCAAAUCGCCUGCUAUAUUAGUCCUUGACUAUGACUACAAUGUGGAGGGUUUCCCGACAUUUGAGGUCGUCUCCGCCAAGGGAGACACCUCCAUGUUCCAAAUCACGUAUGCAGAGUCAAGAGCUGCACUCGAUAUGUUCAUGAGCGAUGGACCCCUCCCCCUAGCUGCUGCGAUGGACAAUUAUCGCGUGAAUCAAUACAACAUCACCAAGAGAUCAACGGUCACCAAUCGCCUAAUCCAAGGCGCAUUUCGCUACCAGAAGCUGAACCUCACUUCUCCCGGAACUCUCACUCUCAGAAAGAUUGGAGUUAAGCAUACUGUCGAUACCACACCUCUGACCAAACUUGCCGGCUGUUUCGAAUGCUCCGAUAAAGACCUGGCCCGGAUCUGGCACACUGGCGCAAGAACUAUCCAGCUGACGGAAAUCCCCAAAGGAUCUAUCCCCGACUUUUGGGAGGUCACCGAUGAGGGUGCUCUAGUAGAGAGUGCCGUGCCUCAGAUUCUCACCAGCGCCGUUCAGUAUACCAGCUACGUUCUUGACUUUGAGGUCAAGCCUCUGACUGGCGAAUUUGGGUUCUCCGUCCUGGCCGACACAUUGAAUUCUGGCAUAUACAUCUCGUGCGAUGUCCUCGGCGGUACUAUCUCUGCAUAUGCUGGAUCAACUAACCUAAAUACGCUCAUUGACUCUGCCAAGCUUCCUAAGACUCUCGCUCUUAAUGAAUGGCACACAGUUCGGGCUAAUGUCGAUAUGACUGACAUCAGCAUCUCUAUCGACAACAAGACGGUCUUCUCCUUCAGUCAGUCUUCUGUGUUUUUUGGCUCCUUUGGCCUCGGUGCAGCCUUUACACACUCAGCUGUAUUCCGCAACUUGAAGGCCGUGACGCCCACAGGCGACGAGAUCUACUCCUCGUCUCUCACGGAUAAAAGCUUCCUCGAUGACUUCUUUAUGGGCACCAAUCCCGCCGACUCUAUAGUAGAUGGAUCAAGGCGUGAUAGGAUUGCCUAUAGCGGCGACCUGGACGUCGCUGUCAGGGCGUCCUUCACAAGCACAUAUGCCCGAUCGUUUAUUGAUGGGUCCCUCGAUCUUCUUGGGUCCUAUCAAACCACUCCGGGAUUUUUCAUUCCCGUUGCCAAGAUUCAACAGGAGCCAUUGACGCAGCUGCUGCCAAUUAACGUUACCGGUCUCAUAGGCUACUCGUUCAACAUCAUCACUGCCAUGGCGCAAAACUACGAGAUGACAGGCGAUGUCGCUUUCGCUAACCGGUGGGCCCCUCAAAUCGCUCUGAUGCUAGACUGGGCGCACUCGCAGCUUGAAGACGGCCUCUUCUCUGUAGCUCGGGCUUCUUUCGGUGGCGAUUGGAACUACUAUGAUCCUGCGCAGACUGGUGUUGUUGGGAAGUUUAACGCCGUGUAUGCCUACUCGCUGCUUCAGACAGCGCCUCUGCUGAAGGCCGCUGGCAUUAAUGUUUCGAUUUACCAAGAGCGUCUUGAAAAUCUUAGAGUUGCUAUGAACAAUCAACUAUGGGACGCGACUAUGGGUGCGUAUGUCCUCUCUGAGAGUAUGCGAAGCGGAUUUGCCCAGGACGCAAACGCUCUCGCAAUCUUAGCCGGGGUACCAAGCGGCAACAUCUCAGCAUUGGAAAUCCUCUCGACCAUGGGCAAGGAGCUUUUCCUUCCGGCAGGCCCCCUCGCCUUCUCUAAAGCUACUGCUAAGGCUGGCUGGGCUCAAAAGAUCAGCCCGUAUGCUUCGUCGUACCAUCUACGCGCUGCCUUCGACUCCGGCGAUACCAAAUCUGCAAAGACUCUCCUCAAGAGCCUCUGGGCACCAAUGGCCAACCCCUCGCACGCCAACUAUACCAACUGCUUCUGGGAAACACUUAAUGCAGACGGCACGCCUGGACUCGGUGUUUCCACCUCCCUUUGCCACGGCUGGAGCGCUGGUCCUACAGCUGAGCUGAGCCGAUAUGUCCUCGGAAUUCAGCCCACGAAGCCUGGUUUUGAGGAGUGGAAGAUUGCACCGCAAACUCUUGAUCUGAAGUGGGCCAAGGGCCGUCAGAGAACUCCGCGCGGCGACAUCAGCGUUGACUGGAAAUUUGAAGACGGCCUCCUGCAAAUGGAAGUCAAGAGCCCAAAGAACGGGAACUCUGUUGGCGUCGUUCACUUGCCUCAGCCAUUGCUCAUUCCUCUCUCUCAGACGGUUCUUAAAGUAAAUGGCAAGGCCACCAGUAGCACAAGCUUCAAUGUGAAGGCAGGCGAGAAGAUUUUGAUUCAGCAGUCGAAGGUACGCAAGGGCUAUUGA